AUGAAGCCUGGAAAUGCUAACAAUGAAGCCCCGAACGAGAUGAAGCUGCCAGGGCGGAGAAGUGGAAACCGGACAGCGAGUCCAAGACCAGGUUUACUCCAGCUUUCCGGCUACCUUAUGGCCAAUUAUUCCAAGGGCGUUCGCCCCGUACGGGACUGGAGGAAAACAACAACAGUGGCCAUCGAUGUUAUGGUGUACGCGAUCCUAAAUGUGGAUGAGAAAAAUCAAGUUUUAACUACCUAUAUCUGGUAUCGACAGGUUUGGACAGAUGAAUUCUUGAUGUGGAAUCCCCAAGACUUUGAUGACAUCAAGCAGAUAUCGAUUCCCACUGCAAACAUAUGGGUGCCAGAUAUUUUAAUAAACGAAUUUGUUGACGUAGGUAAAUCACCUGAUAUCCCAUACGUUUACGUCGACUAUGGAGGCCGAGUGAAGAACUACAAGCCCAUCCAGGUAGUCACUGCUUGUAGCCUGGACAUCUACAACUUCCCUUUUGAUGUCCAGAAUUGUACAUUCACAUUCACAAGCUGGCUGCACAACAUCCGAGAUAUUAAUAUCUCGCUGUGGCGAUCACCUGAAGUUGUGAAAUACGACAGGAGCGUUUUCAUGAAUCAGGGCGAAUGGGAGCUCCUUUACGUUGAUACCCAAUUCAAUGAAUUUAACCUUGAAAGAGGAGUGUCUGAUGGCUAUGCAGAAAUGCACUUUUUUCUCGUUAUUCGAAGACGCCCCUUGUUCUAUGCAGUAAGUUUGCUGCUACCCAGUAUCUUCCUGAUGGUCAUGGACAUCAUAGGGUUUUAUUUGCCUCCGGACAGCGGUGAGAGGGUUUCGUUUAAAAUUACUCUUCUCCUAGGGUAUUCCGUUUUUCUCAUCAUCGUGUCUGACACCCUCCCAGCUACAGCCAUCGGCACCCCACUGAUAGGUGUGUAUUUUGUGGUAUGCAUGGCUCUGCUGGUAAUCAGCCUGACGGAGACCAUUCUAAUUGUGCGACUGGUACACAAGCAGGACCUCCAGUCACACGUGCCGGAGUGGGUGAAGAAUUUGAUUCUGGACAAAGCCACAAUCUUGCUCUGUCUCCGCAACAAAGAGCGAUUCCAUUCCAUGAGUCACCAUAGUGAAACAUCAGAUAAUCCCAGGGACAGGAAGGGAAGCGCAGUGCAACUGAAUCACUUCGCCUGUGAGAACGGGAUGGACUGUGAGAAACCAGUUGGCUCCAGUUUACCUCAGGCGGACUCGCUCCUCACAGUAAACAACAUCCUGCACGAGAUCUCAGCCAUUCGCCAAUUCCUGGAGAAGCGGGAUGAGCACAGAGAUAUCGCUAAGGAGUGGCUGCAGGUGGGGUACGUUUUAGAUGUGCUCCUCUUCCGCGUAUAUCUGCUGGCAGUCCUGGCCUACGGAAUCAGCUUGGGCACUAUGUGGUCUAUAUGGCAGUACUCUUGA